AUGAAAAACGGAGUCGUUAACCAAAGCUCCGAGUUUGCCAGCCGGCAGUUCGACGAUCAUAUUCCGGACCUUUUAAGUUAUGAUGCCCUCAAACAGAUCCGUGGAGUACGAACCCAAGCCGAGUGCUUACCCAGCUCAAACAGUCUCCAUUCUGCGAUCAGCUCCCAGAACGCUGAUGCUGUUGCUGAUCUCAUUGAAAAAGGUGUUGACGUUAACGACAAGGUAUCUUCAAAGCGUCUCACUCUGCGCCAGGCUGCCAUUCAACAGUGUCGUGAAAAGCGUCAGCAGUCCACAUUGAAUCGCGUGCGCGAGCGAAUUACUCUGAUCAACGCCCUAUUAGCAGUUCACGAUUGGCGACGCGGUAGCAUCGAGGCACGUGCUAUCCGAGCAACACUGGAAAAGAAUUGUGACGAUUGUGCGCAGUUCCACGCGAAGGAAUUGCACGUCAAGGUUGGCGGAGCAGCCACAGUGGAAGCAGACUCAAUCUGGAGCAGCCUUUAUGUGGAGUUGGACGCCGGUGCUUCAGUGAUGAUUUCCGGACAGGUGAAGCUGACUUCUCUCCUACUGACAUCUGGGAAAACGGUGACGACGACUGUAGAUGCUAUCGUGGCUUUGGAGAUGUUUGGACGCCUCAACUGCACACGAUUUUUGUGCGAUGGAAUUUGGACGGUCGGCGAGAAUUUCGUGCUGGACGCAUGCGGCGACAUACGCUUUGGAAAUCAUUCGUAUAUAGAAACAGAAAAGAUGGAAAUGGUCUCUGGCUCGACAUGCGUAAUUGAUGGUUCAUGGCAGAUCGGGACCUGCUGGAUGCUGAUCGAAGCAAAGCUGACCAUAGGCGCUACUGCUAAGCUUUUCAUAGAAGAGUCGGCUACAAUCGGCGCGCAUGGACUGAUGUGUCACGGCUUUUGCAAUGUGGUCGAGACUUGCGAUCUACAACUGAAGGACUCCGCUCAUUUCUUCCACUCUUCAAAGCUUGAAUGCCACACGCUGAAAUUGGCCUGCGAGCUCCAUUGCACUCUGGGCGGUAUAUGGAUUGCGGAUAAUAUGAAUGUAUAUGUCCGCCAUGAUCUUAUCACCACGUCGACUGGAAAAGCAGCCGUUUUCACACGAGCAAACCUUACGGUUGGCUCCUUUCGGAAUGACUCGCUAUGGCAGGUUGAAAAAGACUGCCAAAUUAUUGUUGGCUGUCUGGAACAAUCUGAAGACGGCACUAUUUUUGUGAAACAGAACCUUGCCCUUUUUGUUUAUCGCGACUCAGUCGGUUGCUUUGCUGGAAGAAUCGUCUGCAGUCACCUAGAUAUGAGGUGUUUCCGACGGUGUCAAUAUGACGGCUACCUGAAAGCGAAUGAUGCAGAAAUCUACCUGCCCUACAUGAAUGAAUCGCAGCUGAUCGCCACUGGUCAUAUGGAUAUCCUUAUCUCACCAUUAACAUUGAAAGGCAACAGUUCGUUUGUGGAAGUCACGCCAACAACCCCACAUCCGUUUCCGGCGUUCAUACUCGACGGCCAGCUGAAUGUGCAUGCCGUAGUUGCUCCAUUUCUUGCAGUCGAGCUUUCUCCAGAAUCAUUGGUGAGGCUUCGCGGCAUUGAGUCGACCAUACCUGGAGCAGAUUUCAAUAUUCUGAUGUCUGUGGGAGCCCUCACCACUGGAAGAAGCAGCUCGAUGUUGUCUGUGGCUGACAAUGUCAAAGCCGAGGGCAUCAUCUGUGCGUCGACGUUCUACCAUGAGGGACAGAUCAGAUUCCAGGCUGAAGACGUGCAUAUACUAACAGGAUCAUUGGUUCACAAAGGGCGUUUGACCAAUUGCGAACACAAGCAGAACCAUGUGAAACGCUGCCAUAUCGUCGUCGAGGAGAUGUUCCUUAAUGAAGGCACACUGGCUUGUAAUGCUUUGGACAUCAUGGGUGAAGGCGUGCUUGAAAACAGGAAUAGGAUCUUCGCCGUCGAGAACAUGGAUAUUCGUUUGAACAACUUCAGUAACGAUGAUGGACUGAUGGAAUCAAAGAAUUCGAUCAAACUACUCUCAGCAACGAAGGAGUGGACGAAGCUAGGCGGUUCUAUCAAAGCCAAGCGCGGAUUCGACUUGUGCGCGCACAAGCUGGAUAUGGCCCUAAACGAUGUGCACAAGCUGAUCAACGAGAAGAAACUCUCGUUCUCAGCGAGAAGCGAUCUGAUUAUUUCAACAAACAUAUGCGACGAAAUGAAGGAGUUUGUCGUUGGCUGUGCAGCCCAGAACUCAGUGGCCAUCAACGCCGUUAUGGAAUUGGACAGAUUGGAGAUACUUCUCGGAGGAGAGCACCAUGUUGAUGCUCCAGUCACAUUCAAAAUGACUACAGAAGCUGAUGUCAGUGUCAAUACACUUGUCAUCAAUGGAUCGGCCAACCACCUUGUCAUAGUAAUUGACGGUGUGCUUCGCUGCAAUCGCGUCAAGGUCGCUGAUGCUUUCAGAAAUGUCACCAUCACCGGAAAAGGAUCACUGGAUAGUCAGCUGGUAGCGGCUGAAGGCUCCAACAUUAACUUCAAUGUCUACCAAAUCUUCCGCACAAACGAGGUGUUUUGCAGGAAUGUGAUUGUGCAGCAAGACUCCCUGUUGCGCCUGAAACCCUCUGACGACCAUGACGUCACCACCGUAUCCUGUGACAGGAUGCUAAUUGAAGGUACUGUAUUCGUCGAGCGCAAACUGCUGUUGGUCUCAAAGAAAUCUGAUACUGGAGAACUACAAAUUCGUGGCCCAAUAAUUGGCACCACGUCAGACAGUGAAGUGUCCGUAGAAAGCACGAAAGUUUCGAUUUCCGGCCAAGUGGCCAAUUUGAAAUUACUGGAGAUUUACGCCCGUGACACGAUUCACUUCUCGAUGGCUAAGCUGAAAAACGUUAGAUCCGUAACUCUGGACUGCAGUGAGCUGAUUCUGAAUGCAGAUGUUGACUCAUGUGACAGUUUAGUUGUGAACGCUGAAGCAGUGAAUUUAUCGGGCACAUGCUCUAGCUCAAGCUCAUCUGGAGGACUUUCCGUAUACUGUAGCUCGCUGCAAUCGUCCAUCGAUGUCAGCAAUAUUACCAAUAUCAAUUUUAGCUGCAGAAGAGCAGCGUUGAUCAGAGGAACUAUUAAGAACGUGGACGAAAUUGAAAUCGACGCAAAGUGGAUCAAUAAUCAUGCCUCACUAGAAAAAUGCCAGAAUGUCAUGCUUACUGCGUGGUCCAUACACAACUGCGGUUCUUCUACACUGAAAAAGUUGAAAAUGACGUCACUCGGAGUUGUAAUCAAUAAUGGCGAGAUAAGAGCUGCUGAGCUCAACAUCACGGCCCCAUUCAUAGUCGCAGUUCAGCCGUCGUCAGCUUUGAUUGCGGAGAAGCUGGAGCUCAACUCUCUCUGUCUUUGCGCCAACAGUGACCAGAAGCUAAGUGGAACGAAUUAUCUGUGGUUUGUUUUCGAGGAGAUGGUCUACAAACCAAAACUGACCGUUACGCAAGCCAAUAGUUGGAAAGAGACUGCUGACAUGAUGAAGGAUCGCUUCAGUAGUCCCACUAUAGAUGUUGAUGAAGUGAUCGUUGGACUGAAAUAUCUCAGCGAUUUGACUGUGACUAAGAUUACACUGGACACCGAUAAUGUGAUAUACGAGGAGCUGUGCAGAAUGACUCAACGGUUCGACAGCGCGCCUAUCAGUCUGUUCAACAUUGCUGAUCUUGUGGCUUUGAUUCAUGGAGCGCGGUCAGCGUUCGCCGUUUCGACAUCUUUGGAAAGGAAUGACGAGAAUCGAAGGCGAAAAAAGAAGAGUUACGGAAGCUCACUCUACGAAGGCCUCGUUCAGUUCAAAUCUGCCAAGUAUGGUAAGGAAUCUCGUGGCUCCUCUGAUACUGACGUUGGCUACGUUAGCCGAAGUUCCAGUGAAGAGUUGGAUCGAUCAAGGUCGCCGAGAUCGCCAGAUAUGCCGGCGUGUAGUUUGUUUAGUGAGAACCAUUUCCACGCCAUCGAGGAAAAAUUGGAAAGGUCGUACGUGAAUGACAUCACUGUUGAAGAGUUGAACGCGUCUUUGAUUGAGCAGGAAGAACUUGCAGAGUUUGAGCUACUUGAACAGGAAAUCGAGGAAGGCGAAGAUGGAUUAGUUCGAACCGAUUAUAUUGUCUGUCGAGAUGAACGUAUACAGUUAGCGCGUCUUCGACAGCGCACGUUUACUUCACAACCUCCUCGACCGAAGCCUCAUUUCCCGAUUGUUAGGGUGCCGUCUUCGAACGAUUUAGUCAUGAAACGAUUGCAGGUAAAAGCGACUUUGUCAAAUCUCGAUCUCCGAUCUUUCGGAAGCGAAACUUCGCUGACUUCGCUCGACCUUACGAGUGCAGGCGAUCUCGGCUCUCCUAUGCAGUUUGCCGCCAGUCCAUUCCAGAGAUCUCGUAUUCCACGAGGUUCAUUUCGCACUUCAAGGAAGCCGACUGCUUUUGGAGUCUGA